AUGUCUUUUUGUUUUUGGAAUAAUCUGAUAAAUAAUCUUUGUCGUUUCUGUAUAUUUUCUUUGUUAUUAUCAGUCUGUAUAUGUGUUGAGCACGAGGAUAUUGUCAACUUAGCUAUAGACGAAUGUUUAGUUCCCUCUAAAAAGUCUCUAGCAUUGAUAUCAUGUACAUAUACAGAAGUGUCAGAAUCUCUGGUUACUCUUGUUAAUAAUUUGGAGAUUAAACAAGAUGUUGAUUUAUGUCUAAUGAGUACGAGUUUUCAACGAACUAUUAUUGGUCUAGCUUUAUCUUUUGAAAUAUAUGAUGAAGGUAAAUUUUAUGGGAUAAAUUGUCCUAGAUCUAUAGCAGCUUUAUUGCGUGAUAGGAUUCUUGGUUUUUCUUGUCCAAAUUUAGCUAAAAAAAGUGAUAUUUUUCGCUAUAAUUUAGAGGAUUAUGAUAAUAAUAAAUUAUUUUAUAAUACAGAAGUAGAUAUGGAACAUUCGAAUAGGCUACCAACAAUAUUUACUAGUGCAUAUAGGAAAUUAUUACAAAGUUGCGAUAGAAUUCAAGUUUGUAUGGAAUUAUUGGAUUUACAAAAUGAAGGAAAUAAUAAUAAUGCUAUUUCUAGUCCAGCUAUAUCUAAUUUAAAUAUUUCAUUAAGUCAUUCUUUAACAAAAAUUCUGGAUAGGUUUAAGGUAUUUUUACCAAGUAUAAAGACUCAAUAUAUAAGGGAAUUUGCUCAAAAUAUUUUUCAAAGAUGUAUAAUAGAAUAUCAAAACAAUAUUUCUAGAGAAAGUCCAUUAGAUCCUUUUUGGAUUAUCCAAGUAUAUAGGAUGGUUUUUUUAUAUUUUAUAAAUUUAGAUGGAAUUAUAAAUGAUUUAGAAGUAAUAAAUAAUUUAGUUUACUUGACAUUUCGAUAUUUGACUGAUAUAAGUCCUUUACAAAAGAUAAAUUUACUACAAUUACAGACAAAAUUUAUUGAUAUAAAUAAGGAAUCUAAGAAACAAUUAUUAUUUAUAAGAGCAGCUUAUACCUUAUCUGAUCAUUGUUUUUCAUUUUGGAAGUAUAUUAAUACUGAAGACAUGUUAACUAUAAAUACUAAGAAACAAUUUAAGAAUGAUAUAGAUGUUGCUCCUAUAUGUCAUCAAGGUCUUCAAUUACCUUUAAGACAAUCAAUUAUAUUUCUUUAUUAUAUGGGAAUAGAUAGACAUAUUAAUCCUGGAGGUUCUCAUUUACUCUCUAAUAAUACAGAUCUUUCAAAUUUGUCUGGAAAUACUAGUAAUUAUAACAUUUACAUUAAUAAUUCUCUGAACAAUAAUGAUAACCAAAUAAAUAAUAGUGUACCUUGGUUUUUGGCAAAUAGUAAUAUUGUUUAUCCUUUUACAACAGUGAAAGAAUUAGAACAAUCUAGAUUAAAGGAAAUUAAAGCAAUUAUUCAACAAAGUAAGCCAAAUAUAAAUAAUAAAGCUACUGUAUUAAAUCUUUCAGAAGAAAAUUUAGUUAAAUACUUUGUUGGAGGUAGUGGUUCAAUGAUGUUUAAAACUUGUACAUAUUUUCUUAAAAAACAAUAUAUACUAGAUAAAAGUAUUUUGACUUUGGCUGAAACUCAUCAAAUUAAUAAGGAUGGUAUUAUAUCAGAUAUUGUAACUCCAUUAGAUUCUAUUAGAUUCUUUUGUUGGAAUGUAUCUGUUAAGGUAUAUGAAGAAUUGAAUAAAGAUUUUUCAUAUGAAGAAUCAUUUUCAACUUUAUCUCCUAUACAAGGUGAAUCCCAAGUAAUACCUAAAAAAACAAUUAUUUCACCACCUCGCCCUGUUAAUUAUGAUGAUAUAGUGAAUUUAUCAUCUCCUAUUAGAAGCCCUUCAGUUUUCUCAGCAAAUGACUCUGGUAAAAGGAAAAUUUCACCUGAAAUUCUUAAGAGACGUGAGGAAUUAUUACGUAGAAUGAACCCUAAGGCUUCACAAUCUUAUUCACAUUCAAUUGUUGCAUCCUUAGAUAAUUUACCAGAAUUAAAUAUUCCUAAAAUCAAACGAUAUAUUUCAGGCAAAAAUAUUAUUAGACAGAAUAAUAUGGUAGAUAAUUCCAAACAACUUAGUAAAAAAAUCAAGAAAAUUGGAGCAAUAUUAGCUGAUAGUGAUGUUGCAAAAAAGCAUGGUCUUGUAAUGAAUGAGCUUCUAAGUAAAGGUAAAAAGCUUAGAAUGACUAACUCAGAUUAUGCUAAUGAUAUCAGGCAACAAUUUCAGAAACAAAUAAAAGAUCAGGCUACUGCUGGUGAUAUAAGUUUAAUUUCUAGUCAACUUUUUGCUACAAUGGAAGCAACAGAUUUUGAACCUCCUAUUGUUGAUACGGCAAUUUUAGAUGAAGUUUCUUCUGAUCAGAAAUUAAUAUAUGAACAAUAA